AUGAUGCAGCUCCCUGCCCUUGCAACUCUUGCCUUGGGUGUUCUGGAUGAUAAGUUGAAGGGUUCAGCCCAAUUUAUGUUGUCCGAAUUCUUAGACCUGGGCAAUAGUCGCGAGGAGUUCAGGUUGAAGGUUGGUGAUCCCCUUGAGAAGGCUGCACUUAUGGGAAUUGAUUGGACCUAUAAAUCCGAUGACAACCCCCCUGCCAAAAAAUUUCGGUGA